CCAUCUCAAAAGUGUCCGGCCGCCGUCACCUGUCUCACGGCUUGAGAAACGAUAGUGACGUACACAGUGAGCAGGAUGUUCAGUUUUCACAAACCAAAGGUGUAUCGAUCUAGUACAGGCUGUUGCAUUUGCAAAGCUAAAUCUAGCAGUUCGAGAUUCACAGAUAGUAAAAAGUACGAGGAUGAUUUUAUGCUAUGUUUUCAACUUGAUGAGAGGCGUAGCGGAGAGAUAUGUAAUGCAUGUGUGCUUCUAGUAAAGAGAUUUAAGAAGUUGCCUCCAGGAAAUGAUCGCAAUUGGAGACAUGUUGUGGAUGCACGCGCUGGUCCUGGUAUUAAAUCACUGACAAAAUUUAAAGCAAAAAAUAAAAGAAAAGUUAAAGAUACAUCUGAUAAACUUGCUAAGAAGAAACAUGUCUAUGUAAAAACAGAAACAGAUCGAGAACAAAGCCCAUCAAUGAGCGAUGAUUUAAUCGAAGAUUAUACAUUGGCAGAUAGUAAAGCUUCGAGCAGAUCGGAAAGCAUCUCGGAUGAUGACGAUGAUAUUGGCUCUAAUGACAAACAAUUAGAUCUCGUUCAAGAUCAGGAUAUGAAUGAAGAUAAUGAUUUUUUAGAUUUAUCUUAUUACAAAAGAGAAAUUAUUUGCUGUGGCAGCAUUUUCAGAGGCGCCAAUGGUGAGAUUAUAAUGUAUCCGUCUAGCCUGAAACCUUGCGUAAAUCUUGCCAGGCGGCAACUUCUUUCUUCUUUAACAGUCGCCAGUCCCACUCACAGUUCUGCAUCUAUCAGUCCUAUUCAUAGCGUUGAAUCGCCAUCAAGUUCAGAAACAAGUUCGAAACAAACAAAGACAGAUAGUGACUCUUCAUCCGAUUCUGGUUACGAUGAGUCCUCCAAUCAGGGUGAGAGUAAAAUAGCGAAGAAUGUUCAAGUUCAGGCAGAUGUGAAAAUGAUAGAGGAAGCUGUGAGACCUAUAGAACUCGAUAAGUUGUCGAGUUGCAAAACCUUACAAUCUGUCACCGUUACUAAUCAGUCACUUCAAUCGGUCUCCAAUUAAUGUCGGCCCUUUAUAGAGGGUUAAUUUAUUCCUUUACUUAUGACACACACGCAUAAAUAUGUACAUACGUAUACAGGGUGUCUAUUAGAUAAUUUUUUAAUUGCAAUUUUCUAUAGAAUUUUCAUUAUAGCGAACUUUCCU